GACCGAGCAGCGUAAACAAACCAGCUUACACACACGACACCUGAGCAAGCCCUGUGCAGCAGCUAAACACUACCCGCCCGGGGAGACAUGUCCGACGAGGUCGACGGAGGUUGUGAGUUGAACCUCUCUGCCACACCAGAGGAUGCCCAAUCUCCCCACGUAUCUAGCCUGUUCUGGGCGACAGUAACGGGCCUGAAGUCUCGAGGCGGAGACGGAAAGAUGCUGAUUUACAGCUACAUCGACUCCACAGUUGCCGCCGUAAAGACGAGGGUCGGUUCGUUGGAGGUGUGGGUGCAGGAGGAAAUCCGACACAUCUGGAGCAUAGUCGAUGCCAUACGUGGGCGCCUCGCCAGGGUGGAAGAGAGAGGGGACGGGACUGCCGACGCCAGGCUCACCGAGGUUCUGACAGAAUUGGCGCUGGUUAGACAGCAAGUGCAAGGCCUGGAGCAGCGGGUAGCCGCCAUGGAGCAGCAGCAGCUGGAGGGGAGAGCCGCCAUGGAGCAGCAGCAGCUGGAGGGGAGA